AUGACAGACAGCAGCGGUACGGUCACUUUAACUGGAAAAUUUGCAAAAUAACAUUCAUACUAAAUAAUUGCUGUUGCAUCGACAACUUUCAAUAAUAUUUAAGCAUCUGCUUAAAUUAAUGGAGAAACUCAUCAUUCUGGAUUGAUAGUUUUUAAUGGAAAAGUCUAAUUUACUCAAUCUGAUGUUUAUGUCAAAGAUGAAUUUCAGCGUGGCUUGAUUUUUAUAAAAACGCUAUCAAAUUCGAAACCAUUACCUGGAGUAUUCAUUCAAUUUACUGCUAUUUAUUUAGAUGAUGCUAAGCAGACAAAAGAAGUCAACUUUAUAGCUAUAACAAAUGAAAAAGGAGAAGAGAAUGUUCGCUUUUUAUUGCCAACUACUGGAGGUUCAUUCAGUAUUUUAUACACAGCAUCUAAAUUAGAGUAUUGGAACACAUAACAAUUAGAUAGAAAUUCUUAAAAUUUCGUUUUAUGGCCAGAAUAGAAAUAUGAAUUAUCAGUUAAUAUUGAUCUCUAACCUGGAUAAUUCCAAUAUCUCUUGUCUGCCCUCAUUUUCGAUUAAAAUUAAAAACCAUUAUAAGGAGCUAAAAUUUAAGUUACAGGAACUAAUUUAGGAUCAAAUCAAUAACUAAUAGAAAAUGACUUAAUUAGUGGACCUGAUGGAAAAAUAGCAAUUACUUAUAAUCUGAAAGCCACCCCUAAAUUACAUUUAAAAGAAGUAGCAACCAAAGAUUAGUAUCUAAGUUAAAGUUCAGAAUUCGAUUAGGAUUUUAAUUUAAAUAUUAAAAAAGAUCAAUUUACUAGAGAUUUAAUAAUUAAAUUAUAAGAAGCUUCUGAUUUAUAAAUCUCCGGCGUUAUUACAGACUCUUCAAAAAUCGUUCCAUUUGUUCAAGGAGCUGAAAUUGUGUUGACUAUUACUAAUAUAAUAGAACCAAUUAAAGUUAUAACUGAUGCUGAUGGAAAAUUCAAUGUUCAUGUAUUAGUGCCAUCAACUUAAAAUUUGGAUAUUAAGGCAACUGUCAAGGCCAAGGAAUUCAUCGACCAAGUCAUUACUCCAAAAUAAAUCAAUAUACCUUCUAAAUAACCCUAUUAACUGAAGCUGGAUAUAGUACUUGACCGAAAGGUUAAUGAAAUCACGAUCAAAGAUUAACUAGUUGAUCCUAGUGGAAAACCUGUUUAGAAUGCUAGCAUCAAAAUUAUUGAAAGUAUCCCUGCUAUGAAUGAUAAAUCUUUCUAUAAUAAGGAGAUAAUCGGAAAUUCAGAUGGUACAUUUCAAUAUAAAUUUGCAUGUUACGAGAAUUAGAAGUUCACUGCUACAUUUAUAUUUAAAGUUCAGGAAUUUGUACCUAUUACUUACAAAACGCCCUAAUUAGAAUGUAAAAAUUAAGACCUAAUUAAAACUUAAAUAACUUUAUCAAAAUCAACUUCCCUCCUCACUAUCAAAGGUUAAGUGUUAGAUGUAGAUUAGAAGCCAAUGAAAGGGUUCUAACUAACAUUUAAAUCUGAUCCCAGUCUAACAAUUGCUAAUUCUAAUCUGAUAACUGAUGCCAAUGGUUAUUGGUAGAUUGAUAAUUUAACAGUAAUUCCUUAGAACAAUUAUAAAUUCACAGUUGAAUACAUGAAUGAUAAUAAAUAAUUGACUUUGGUAUCAUCUAAUUAUACUCCAUCAAUGGAUAAACAAUAAACUUAUACUUUUCCAGUAAUUGGAUACCAAAGAUACGUUAAAGUAAAAUUAACUGGUAAGAUAACGCCCUCUGAUGGGAAAGCAGCAGUACCAAUACCAUUAUUGAUUACCUGUGAUUCUAAAGGGAGAGAUGGAAAUCCAAUAUCUGUGGAAACAACUACUAAAGAAGAUGGUUCAUAUUCUGUUGAAUUAGAAACUUUGGCUGGAUCUGAUAAACCUUUAUAAUGUGUAGUUUAAAAUGCUCCUGUUAAAUUGACUGGUCAACCUGGCUAAACUGGUUAAUCUGGUUAAUCUGGGUAAUCUGGAUAAUCAGGAUCAACUGGAUAAUCUGGGUAAUCUGGGUAAUCAGGAUAAUCUGGAUCGACAGGAUAGACUGGAUAAUCAGGGUAACCAGGACAAUCAGGACAAUCUGGUUAAUCAGGAUCAACCAAUACUGUUUCUAGUGUUUAACCUAUAAAAAUUAAUGUUGAAGUAAAAGCACCAGGCUGGUCAUCUAGUACUAAUAUACCUGUUACUUAUAAUACUGUAGAUAUUACAAUAAAAGGGGUAGUGACUGAUAAAACAAAAGCAAUUACAGCACUAGAGAACGUUGAUGUAAUCUUAAUAAUUACACCAUAAGAUGUUUAUGUUCAAAAUAAACAUUUAUUGGAAUAGUAUUUAUUCUAUAAAAGACAUAAUCAAAACGCAUAAACACAAUCAAAAAUAAGCACUAAAACUGGAAAAGAUGGUUCAUACUCAUUUAGCUUUAAAGCAGUUCAAGCAUAUACUUUAAAAUUUUCAAUUCAGGCUUCCAAUCCUCUAUUUAAAACAGAGAAUAAGAUAAUUGAAGAUAAAUGUCUAUAAUCUAUUACAUUGACUGAAAACUUAGAAUUAGAAAGAAUAACAAUGAUAACAAAAUUACAUUCUACAUUAUCCAGUAGUGAUAAGAAACCAAUUCCUAAUGCUAUCAUCAAAUUGACUUCAUCAGAUCCUUUGAUGAAGGAUUCAAAAUAUUAUAAUAUAGCAACAAAUGAUGAUGAUAAGGGGUCCUUUUUUGUAAAUUUUGAGUGCUACAAGGAAUUAGAAUAUAUUGUUUCUUUAUAAAUAGAUAUACCAUAAUAUGAAGAAUAAAAAGUCAAGAGUUCUAAAUUUAAAUGUGACUCACCUUAAAUAGAAUUAAAUCCUAUAACAUUGACUUUAUAGAAGAUUGAAAUCAAAGCCAUUCUAGCAGGUAAGGUUAUAGAUCCUCAUGGAAAACCAGUUGCCAAUUUAUCACUUACUAUCACUACAGAACCAGAAAGUGAAACAUUGACAACAAAAACUUAAAGUGAUGGUACAUGGACAGCAACAGUUCCAAAGAUAUAUCCAAUUACAGAAUACAAAGCAAUUAUUUCAUAUUAAGAUAUUAAUAAAUAAAAUUAGAAAAUAGAAUAGAAAUUCUAAGUAUAAAGUGAUAAUCAAAAAGUGUCAGUAUAAGAUAUUAAUUAUAUUGAUUUGGUAGAUGCUAAGAUCAAAGGGAAAAUAGAUUUGGAAAAAGGUACAUUAUCAUAACCAGUGACUCUCAAUUUGAUUUGUUAAGGAUUUAAGGAUUCAAAAGGCCCAAUUAAUAAGGAUUUUACAACUGAUAAAAAUGGAAAUGUGGAUAUAUCAUUUCAAGUAUUAGCUAAGCAUGAUGAUAAAAUUGUUUGUCUAAUUAAACCAAAAGAUGUGAUAUAGGAUAAUGGAUAUAAAGUUGAAUUGAUUCCUCCUAAUUUCGAAGUAAAUGGAUUCUCUAUAAAAAGUAAAUUCUUAACAACAUUAUUUACAAUAAAUGGCAAAUUGAUUGAUGAAACUAAGAUUGAAGUAAAAUUACCAGGAAUCCAAAUGAGUUUUAGCUUAAAAUAAUAAGAUCCAAUCACUAAUUAAUAAAUAAAAAUCAAAAGUGCGAAUGAUGGAACAUUCACAUUUUCAAUUGAGCUUCUAAGAGGUAUUAAUUAUGAUGGAACCAUUAUUGUUGAUGGACAACCACAAUUUCAGAAUGCAAAUAAUAAUAUAUAGUUAAUUGGCAAAGAAGAGAAACAAACCAUCAAUCUAGAUAUCACUUUAAAGAGAGUAAUAAUAGAUUGUACAAUAAGUGGAUCCUUGAUUGAUUCCAAAAACAAGGCGGUUGAAAAUGCAAAAGUUGAAAUCCUAAGUUCAAUUCCACAAAUGUAAAAUGCUUAAUUAUACAAUAAAUAUGCAUAAGCCAAUAAAGGAGAGUUUUCUAUUCCAUUUUAGUGCUAUAAUCAAGUGCCUACGACUUUAAAGUUGGAUAUGGUUUCAGAUGCCUUUCCCAAAUCACCUUUGCCUCCUCAGGUCUUUACUUGUGGUGAAAAAGAUGCCAAACUCAAACCUAUAUAGAUUAUCACCAAAACAGCACAAAUAACCUUCUCUGGAGUAUUAACUGAUAAAAGUGGAAUCACUAUGAAUGUUCAAGGUGCAGAUAUUGAAAUAGUUUUAAAUCCAUCAGAUCCAUUAGCUUCUAAUCUUAAAACUAAGUCUGACCAGAAUGGAAAAUAUUCCUUAACUUUUGGAGCUGUCUUCGACUAAUCAUAUCACGCAGUCAUAUAAAUUACUCAUUCAGACUUCACUCCCUUUAAAUCACCUAGCAUUGCAAUUUCAACAAAUAAAGAUUAAACUAUAACUCAAGAUGCUGCUUUAGAUAGAAUUAUCUUAUAGGCCACAGUAUCAUCAUCUUUGACUGAUCCCUAAGGAAAGCCUUCUCCUGUAUCCACAUUAACAGUAGAAUCCUUAUAACCCAUUGUUAAAGGAACAGAGAAAAAUAAAAUAACAGGAAAAACUGAUGCAAAUGGUAAAUUUAAUCUACAAAUACCUUGUUACAAAAACUCUGAGGGAUCCUUUAUUUUAGAUGUUACAGCCGACAAGUAUAAAGACACUAAAACAGACAAAAUCUCAUUUUAAUGUAAUGGACCUUAAAUUUAAGUACCUCCCAUUAAGGUAACGUAAGAGUUGACUCCAGUUAAUACUAAAUUAACAGUAGGAGGAGAAAUCGUUGAUCCAAAAGGCAAAGGAAAGUCAGGAAUAUCAGUUAAGUUGAUUUCAGAUCCAGUUACCAAAGAAUAUGAAGCUAAGACUGGAUAGGAUGGAAAGUGGUAAUUACUAGAUGAUCAACUGUAAUUUGGAGUCAAAUAUUAAUUAACUGAACAGUUUUUAGAUGCAACUGGAUAAAUACAUAAGGUUACAUUGCCAUUUUAAACAAAUGAUGAAAAAUCUCAAUUAAUGUUCCCAAAAUAAUUUUAUGAUGAUUAUCUACCAUUUGAAGUAGAUGGUGAACUUACUUCUGAAGGAGGAGUAGCCCCUUCGAAUAUACAAGUGUCUAUGCAAUGUGAUGGUUUUGGAAAAGAUAAUAGGCCAAUAGAUAUCAGAACUAAAACUGACAAUGCUGGUAUGUAUUAAAUAAAGUGGGAUAUGUUGAUGAAUUCUAACUCGAAAGUCUAAUGUUUAGUGAUUACUUAAGAAACAGCAAAAUUUAAAUAAACAUCUCAUAAGUUCAAUAUUACUCCAGAUAGUGGAACUGUAAAGGUAUCCACUUAAGCUGAAGUAACUCCAGAAUUCAAAGGAUAGCUCAAUAAAUAUUAUCAAUACUCUUCGAUUAGUGGUGUAGUGAUGGCAGAAUUUGAUUGUGAUGGUGCAUUAGUAUGGAGGGGAUUGGAAGGAGUAAAUAUUAAACUUAAAUAAUGGAAUGGAAUUACUUACAAUGAUUUAAAAACUGAAACAAAGAGUGACAAAAAUGGUCUCUUUGUUAUUAAGUAUUAAGUUUUAAAAAGUUAAAUUUAAAAUGAAAUGAGAUUGGAAUUCAAUAAAGACAAUUAUUAUCCUGCCUCUGCAGACUUUAAUAUCUAUUCUUUUGAUCCUUAGCCUGAUGGUACCUAUCUGGUCUUAUUGUCUAACAUUAAGAUGGUUAAAAUAGGAGUCGCAGAUAAAUGUCCAUAAAAAAAGCGAAAGCAUUGA